CCCCCCAUUGGAGGGAUGGGAUGGAUCACAGCUCAGGCGACGAAUCGCACUUUUGCUGUCUUCCCAGAUCCUCUUCUAGCUCACAGCGGGAGGGGCCCUAAGAGUUUAAAAGCAACUUGUCCGCCGGGCCCCCCAGAGUUCUCACCAGAGAAGAGCAGCGAGAGGAGCGAAGAGGAGACACCGCUCAUCGUGCGAUCCACAUUCAGCACCAUGGAAAGCUCCUCGCUCCUCAUCCGACUCCUGGGUGCCAGUGUCCUCCUCUUCUGCCUCUGCCAGGGCCAAUCCUCCCGGGAGCUCUCCUCCGAGGACUUCGAGGUCAAGAAGAUGCCCACAUCCUCCGAGAAGGAGCUGGUAGAGGCAAUGGAAGAGCUGCUGGGGAAAUUCCAGGACAGGUACCCUCUGUAUCAGAAGAGAGCCCAGAUCCCAAUGUGUGACAUUGGAGAGAGGUGUGCCGUGAAGCAAGGUCCCAGAAUUGGCAAGCUGUGUGACUGUUCCCGCGGAUCGUCCUGCAACACUUUCCUGCUAAAGUGCAUAUGAAGAGAAUACGUGUCAUUUGCAGCCCUUGUGUUUACAGAUCACAUAGCACCAACCUUUGUAAAGAGAUCAACAACUCCAUUGCUUGCCUGUUUACACCGCUCCUGUUUACUUUAAAGCAAGCUCUUAUUCAGUCAGUUCUAAAAAAGAGGUCUUCUUGUUCACAGCACACCAGAGGAAAAAUGAUGAUCGCUGACAUUUAACUAGUUUCAAGACUAGCAUAAUUCUUCUUAUAGGUCAUCUUCUAUGUCAAAGAUUGUAGAUUAUUUCCUAGUGAAUUUAUUAUUAUUUAUUACACUUACCUUAUUUUAUCUUAUAUGUGCACUUUCAUAAACAUCUAGAAUAAACUGUACAAGUAAAACUUUA